UUCUCCAGGAAACACCAGUUAAAUGCUCAGUGGGAGUGUGCCGGAGUGUGCAGUUACCGUGGAUUUAAGACGACAGAAGCAGAAGCAUCUCUCCAACGUGAAAGUACCAGCGGGUUUCCUCAAGUUAAGACACAGCGUCGAACCGUGAGCCAUGUGCGGAAUCUUUGCCUACCUGAAUUACCGAGUGCCUCGCACCAGAAAGGAGAUAUUUGAGACGCUAGUGAAGGGACUGCAGAGACUGGAGUACAGAGGGUACGAUUCAGCAGGCAUUGCUGUAGAUGGCAAUAGCAAGACCACCACUGACAUCAACAGCAACACCAUCUGUUUGAUCAAGAAGAAGGGGAAGGUGAAGGCUCUGGAUGAGGAGCUUUACAAGAAAGACUCACUGGACCUGGAUGAGGAGCUGUGCACACAUUUUGGCCUCGCUCACACUCGCUGGGCCACACAUGGAGAGCCCAGCGCUGUCAACAGCCACCCCCAUCGCUCUGACAAGGAUAAUGAGUUUGUUGUCAUCCACAAUGGCAUCAUCACCAACUACAAAGAGCUGAAGGAGUACCUGAUCACCAAAGGAUAUGAGUUUGAGUCAGAGACGGACACAGAAGUGAUCCCCAAACUGAUCAAGUAUGUUUAUGACAACCGAGAAAACGACAGCAUCACCUUCUCCACGUUGGUAGAGAGAGUAAUCCAGCAGCUGGAGGGGGCCUUCGCUCUGGUAUUUAAAAGCCGUCAUUUCCCUGGGGAGGCUGUGUCCACCAGGAGGGGAAGUCCGUUGCUCAUUGGUGUGCGAAGUGAGCAUGAGCUGUCAACCGAACACAUCCCUGUCCAGUACAACACUGCUCGCUUCAAGGAUGGACUCCAGGAGAAGAACAACCAUAAUCGGCCUGACUGCUCCAAUACUAUCAACUCUGUGGGGGAAGGCAGGGCUGUGGAGUUUUACUUUGCCUCUGAUGCCAGCGCUAUCAUCGAACACACAAACAAGGUGUUGUACCUGGAGGAUGAUGACAUUGCGGUGGUGUUGAAGGGGGAACUGUCCAUCCACAGGAUCAACCGGCAGGCCGGUGAGGAUCCAGUCAGGGCCAUCCAGACCCUGCAGAUGGAACUGCAACAGAUCAUGAAAGGAAAUUUUGAUGCCUUCAUGCAAAAGGAGAUCUUCGAGCAGCCAGACUCAGUGGUGAACACUAUGAGGGGCAGGAUUUGUUUUGAGACCAAUACAGUGAUUCUUGGUGGUUUGAAGGAUCACCUGAAAGAAAUCAAACGCUGCAGACGACUUAUCAUGAUCGGCUGUGGCACAAGCUUCCACGCUGCAGUAGCUACCAGACAGAUCCUGGAGGAGCUGACAGAGCUGCCUGUCAUGGUGGAACUGGCAAGUGACUUCCUUGACCGAAACACACCAGUGUUCAGAGACGACGUCUGCUUCUUCAUCAGCCAAUCAGGAGAAACAGCCGACACCUUGAUGGCACUGCGCUACUGCAAGGCCCGUGGCGCUCUAACAGUCGGUAUAACCAACACAGUGGGCAGCUCCAUUUGUAGAGAAACAGACUGCGGGGUCCACAUCAAUGCUGGGCCUGAGAUAGGAGUAGCAAGCACUAAGGCCUAUACCAGUCAGUUUGUGGCCCUCAUCAUGUUUGGUCUGAUGAUGAGUGAGGACAGGCUCUCCCUCCAGAAAAGACGAUUGGAGAUCAUCAGUGGCCUCAAGGCACUACCAGAACUGACAAAGAAGGUAUUGUCCCUGGAUGGCAAAAUCAAGGAAAUCGCCAAUGAACUGUAUCAGCAGAAGUCCCUCCUGGUCAUGGGCCGAGGCUUCAAUUAUGCCACCUGCCUAGAGGGGGCGCUGAAAAUCAAAGAAAUCACCUACAUGCACUCAGAGGGCAUCUUGGCCGGUGAGCUAAAGCAUGGUCCUCUGGCCCUCAUAGACAAACACAUGCCAGUCAUCAUGAUCAUCAUGAAAGAUGCCUGCUACACUAAGUGCCAGAACGCUCUACAACAAGUCACUGCCAGAGCGGGUCGACCCAUCAUCCUGUGUUGUCAGGAUGACCCUGAAGUGACUAAGAAUGCCUACCAGACCAUCGAGCUGCCACAGACUGUGGACUGUCUGCAGGGCAUCCUCAGUGUCAUCCCCCUGCAGCUCCUGUCAUUCCACUUGGCUGUCCUGAGAGGAUAUGAUGUUGACUGUCCCAGAAACCUGGCCAAGUCUGUGACUGUGGAAUAAUAACAGUUGACAAAGCACAAGAGGAAAGAGCAGUAGUGCAUAGAGUUAAAGUGCAAUUAAAUAUGCAGUGUGUGUGUGUGUGUGUGUGUGUGUGUGUGUGUGUGCAUGUGCAUGCAUGUGUGUGUGAAGUAUAGAGUUGUGUCUAUGUGUGUGUAGAUGAGGGUGUAAGUGGGAGAAUGUGACAGAGGGCACAAUGACAUUUUAAUAAAAGAAAAAUGUGAAGUCGGACCAAUACACUGCCAGAACCGUUGAGGCCACGUGGAACAAUCUCUGAAAGUAAAUUCCACAUUACCAAAGCAACAUACUGUGCCUUACUUCUCUUUUGAGUUGAGCCAAAACAUUCAGCGGCAAAAGCAGUUUUACGGUAUAUUGAAGUCUUUGCAGUUGUGCAAUAGAAGAACCAAAUGUGCAUUAAGAAUGUACACAAUGAUAAGUGAAGUAAUUCCUGUCAUGACUGUUUUUAAUUUUCUUUUAUCCACUGGGCGGCUUUUAUUUACAUGUAUUUUGCAAAACAAAAAAUGUAGGAUUUACUGACUUAUUUUUCUGUGGUUUCUAAAUCUAAUUACAUAUGUAUUGCACAUGCAUACAAUCACUGUGCCUUAUCCUUAAUGUUUUGAGCAGUCUGUAAGAGAAUCCACCUAAAGGAAGGUCUUUUAUCUAGUUUCCACAUUAUUACUUGAUUUUUCUUGAUAUGUUUCUACUCCAUGUAGUAUUUCACUUUAAUUUAAAACAUGUCUGUUCUGUUUGACAGAAUUGUGUUUUUUAAGUCAGUACAUGUGAAAACGUAAGAUUUUUUUUUUUUUUUUGACAGAUCUCUUAUUUACGUAUUGCCAUUACAGAGGACAGUCUUUACAUAGAAACAAUAGAAUUAUUUAAGGAACAUCCAACUGCAAAAGAAAAAAAUGUGCUGACUUUUAAUUAUGCUUUUAUUUGGUCUGCCAUUUUUAAGGGUUUAUCAUAAUAAUAUUCUGUAUUUAUCUGAUUUUUAUUUUAUAGGGGUAAAGAGUGGGAAUGAUUUUUUUUUAUCUGUUAUAUGAUUGUACAUUAUAUUUUAUGUUUUAUAGAUAUUAACAGGCACUCUCAAUCAAUAAAUAUGAAUCAUUGUAUUCUA